AUGCUCGAUGACUUCGAUCUAAAGGGCUCAAAUGGAUCUCAUAAAUGCCUAGUUUAUGAGCUUCUAGGUCCCAACGUUCCAGAUAUAAUUGAUGCAAAUUUUUCAGAUGGAAGACUUCCUGGCAAGCUCGCCAAAAUCAUUGCAAAGCAAUGUUUGAUCGGACUCGAUAGUUUGCACCAACGAAAGAUUGGGCAUGGAGGUAAAUCACUUUCUUGGAAAUACUUUGGACAGUGCUCACCUGGUAUAGAUCUGCAUACCCGCAAUUUGGCCUUCGCUAUGCCUUACAUAGACGAUUUAACAGAAGAACGGUUUAUCGAGAUGCUAGGAAAACCAGAAGUUGGCUAUGUCCAAAAACGCGACGGGAAAUGCCUGGAAGCCGGCGUGCCCGAAUAUGUUGUGAAACCUGCCUCAUACGAGAAUCACUCUUGGAAUCUGGCUCAGGAUGUCAAAAUAAUCGACUUCGGAGAGUCAUUCUUGCACACUGCUCCCCCUAAAACACUACACACACCUUUAUCUCUUCGGGCACCGGAAGUUAUAUUUCAAGAUCACAUUGAUUAUCGUGUUGAUUUGUGGAGCAUGGGCUGCAUGCUCUUUGAACUGUUCGUGGGCCAGCCACCUUUCGACACAUUCUUAAUAACACCCACAAUCCUUGUUGGCCAAAUGCGAGAGAUGGCAACUGAUGAAAUACCUGAAAGAUGGCAAGAUAAAUGGAAUACGAUGAACACAGGGGACGUCAUGGCCACAGAAAGCACCGGGCCCAACUUGCAGGAAUGGCUGGAAGAAGUAUACUUUGAUGGCCCGCUGAGUCCCGAUCUCACACGAGAGGACAUAGUGAGGCUGGGACAAAUCGUUGGAAGAUUAUUGCAUUUUGAGCCGUCUGCAAGAGCGUCAGCGAGACAAGUUCUUGAUGACCCUUGGUUUAAUGAGUGA